GGCUGGUGAUGUGACGUCACCAUGCCGAUCUUGAUGCGCCGCUCGGUGCUGCUCCAGCUGGGCGCCGCGGUCUCGCUCCUGUGUUUCCUGUACCUCAUUGCACAGAACCGCGUGCACAAAAGGACUAGAAACGUCGCCAGGAGACCUCCCCUGGACGACUUCGACACGAACAAUAUCGGUGACGUAGUUCCGGAAAAUGGCGACCCGUAUUUCCGGCCGAAAGUUCGCCGCCCCCCUCCGGAGCCGGGUGCGCCGGGGGAGUUCGGGAAGGGAGUUUCGUUAACACUCACGGAGGAGGAGAAGAAGUUGGAAGAUGCUGGUUACAAGCAGCACGCGUUUAACGAGUACGCCAGCAGCAAGAUCUCCCUGCACAGGAGACUACACGAGGCAAGGCACGCUGAGUGUAAAGACACCAGGUAUCCACAUGACCUUCCCACCACGAGCGUCAUCAUCACAUUCCACAACGAGGCGUGGUCCACCCUCCUCAGGACCGUCCACAGCGUCUUGGAGACGUCUCCGGCCCGUCUCCUGGAGGAGGUGGUACUCGUGGACGACUUCAGCGAGCUGGACCACCUGAAAGAGCCACUAGAGAUGUACCUGUCGCAGCUCAGGGCCGUGAGGUUGGUCCGGACGACUCGCAGGGAGGGCCUCAUCCGAGCGAGGCUGCUGGGGGCUGCGCAUGCGCGAGGAGAGGUUCUCACGUUCCUGGACUCGCACUGUGAAUGUCAUGAGCAGUGGCUGGAACCAUUGCUGGCCCGGAUUGCCGAAAACCGGUCCAAUGUCGUGACACCAGUGAUUGACGUGCUCGACUGGAAGACGUUCGAGUACCAACACACCAUGGAGGUGCAGCGGGGUAUCUUCGACUGGAGGCUGACCUUCACCUGGGGCCUCAUCCCUGACUACGAGCGCAGCAGGAGGAAGUCUCCUGUGGACCCCGUCAGGUCGCCGACCAUGGCGGGGGGUCUGUUCGCCAUCGACAAGUGGUACUUCGAGCACAUCGGCACGUACGACGCCGGGAUGGACGUAUGGGGAGGGGAGAACCUAGAGAUGUCCUUCAGGAUCUGGCAAUGUGGCGGGAACCUGGAGAUCAUGCCCUGCUCCAGGGUGGGUCACGUGUUCAGGCCUCGUUCCCCUCACUCGUUCCCAGAGAGGACAAGCUUCACUGCAAACCGUUUGUGCGUCAUUUCCGGUAUCCCUGACGUCAUUUCCGUUUCGUUUCAGGAGAGGUACGGUGACGUCUCUGCACGACUAGACCUGAAGGACAAGCUUCACUGUAAACCCUUCAAGUGGUUCAUGCAGACCAUCAUGCCGGACAUGUACGUUCCCGAGGACAGGCCUGGCCGCUCGGGCGCGUUACGAAACAGUGCCUCAAACCUCUGCUUCGACUCUGAGGGUGCAGAGAAUGCCGGGAAAAGACCCACCAUGUGGGGAUGUCACGGCAUGGGCGGGAAUCAGUAUUUUGAGCUGAACAGCCGCGAGGAGUUCCGGCACAACACAGGAGGGAAGGAGAUGUGUGUGGAGGCGCAAGGAGGGGAGUUCGUGGUGCUGAUGCACUGCACCUCGGGUAAUAACGUACCCGCACAGCAAAAAUGGCAGAUCAGAGAGGACGGCUCCGUUUACAAUGCCUACCACGGCAAGUGCCUGCACUUUGACCCCGAGGAGCGACAGGAGAAGAAAGAGGUCAAGGCCGUCCGCUGCACAGGGCAGGACUCGCAGCGGUGGAGGUUCGACGCCUAAGAAAAACUCCAUCUUUCUCUGUGUCUAAAAAUAUGAAGCAGCAAUUCCUAAUGGUGACAUGAAACCUUUAGAACAUUUUGUAACUUUGCGGCUCCAAUCUAGAUUAAAUCAAACUACCAUACGGCAGAAUUUGACUGUUUUCAACACGAACAAUCGGAAUACCAAAUUUGUGACUAGGUCUCCAGUCUUCUUCAGGAAGACUGAACGUAUAGCAUUAAUCACGUGAUACCAUCGCUUACGUUAAGCUUGAAUUAGGUCACGUGAUCACUUGGGCAGUCGUACUGAAGAAGACUGGAGAAGAUAAGGGUGUUUUUGUUGUGGAAGAAACACAUAAAGUUUAUGCGUAACCUGCAGAAAUGCUUCAUUCUAAAAGAAAAUUGACCACAUGGUGCCGGAAGGUGCAAGGGCCUCCUCAAAAGUCAUUUGGCAUUGAUUGUAUGUGUAUCAUCUUCCCACAAUCAGAUACGCUUGCAACAGUACCCAGACUUUCUGGAAAACUAGUAGGUAAAAUCUGUAUGAGAUUAAAUUUAAAUUUCUAAGAAAGUGUCACAGACCACGGUUAUAGCCUGUAUUAAUUUUACAAUCAUGAUAUCUUACCCGUGGGUUGCCAUGGACAACCUGUUGCAGUGAAAUUAGCAGGUGAGCAUGGCCAAGUAACUUAUAGUGGAGUGCAUGGCACCUCUUGCAAUGUCCGAUUCGUAGAUGUUAGUAGUAGUGAAUAACUGUAUUGAAAUUGUAAGGUCAAAAUCGCCACCAGAAGUGCAACCUUAUUGUCUAUUUUUAGUCGUCUUUCUGAUUAGCUGACGAUGACGUAGUGGUUAUUACCAUUGACUUUCGCGGUGGUUCUUUUUCGCGUUGAAGGGAAAAAUCAGGUUUUAAUUUUCGCGAUGUUUUCCAUUAUUCGCGGUUGAGACAUGUAAAUUGUACAUUCGCCGUGAUCACUGGUUAUAGUAGAAUAUUCGCUGUAAACAUUGCAGUUGUAUAUUUGUUGUGUAAUGACUUCGCGACGGUCAUGUCAUCGCGAAAAUGAAACCACCGCAAAAGUUUCAAGAUGUACAGUAGGUACUGUUGUUGCAGGUUCUUUCUUUUGCUGUAGAAAAUUUUAUUGAUGAAAUAUUAAGGGGACCAAUUGAAUUACCAUCGUAUCAAACCGCAGUUACGUGUCAAUAUGACAAAGAAUAACGGAUUGAGAGUCUUAAUGUUUUAGAGAAGGAAUCAGGUAAGAAGAUAAUGUAAAUAUUUCGUACAGAGGAAAUUUAUGGUGCAAUCUUCAGAGAUUUCUACAAAACCUUCUAAGUGCCGCCUGUUCUGAUAUAUGGACCCGAUCGUGCCUCAAUAGAGUAUGCUGCAAUGCAAGAUUUUCCAAGAAGAUUUAGUUCCACGUUGAAACGACGGCUGUAGCAUCAAUUCUGAUUGCAAGUGUGGCAUCCUCCAAACGUUUAAGAUCUGAUAAUAAGAAAAAAACUACGAAUAUUCAUGUUGUUCGGCAAUAACUCUCUACAAUUGACGGGCACAGUUUCUGAUCAAUUGUUGCCAAAUUUUCUCCUAUGGUGGUUGUCUGUUAUAAAA